AUGGGUUCUCUCACUCGUCUGGUUCAACUUAUUGUGUUCCUAUACUCACUUAAAGAAAUAAUAAGUACAGUGGAGUUUACCAACAUUAAGUGCAAUUCAUACGACCCCGAUUUUGCCAGCUUCGACUAUUGCUUUCUUAAGUCAAAGAAUCGUACAUAUAAAUACCUUUCCAUCAAAGUGCAGCUGCUACAGGCGCCCGUUACCAAAGUUAAAGUUAACGUGGCGAUAAUGAGGAGAUAUAAUGGCUACAAACCGUAUCUCUACAACGUUACAGUGGACGCCUGUACUUUUCUUAAAAACCCAAAAUCCAAUCCAGUUGCAGCCUAUAUUCACAGUUUUUUUAAAGGCUACUCCAACAUGAACCAUUCUUGCCCCUUUGAACACGAUCUUGUUGUGGAAAAAGUCCCAAUCAACUUUAUAAACACGCAGGUUCAAGACGUUCUCCCGGUUCCCCAUGGCGACUAUAGGUUUCAUUCGAACUGGUUUGCCUACGAUAUCAAGCGCGCUACUGUAGAUGUAUUUAUCACAAUAUCUUGA